UUCUACCAGGAGUAGAGCAACCUCAGUGAUGGAAACCACAGAAGAGGGGAAGCUCAACAAUGUGGAACAUCUGACACUUAUGGACUUCCUUCAAAACCUAACUGAGAAGCAAUGGAGGGGGAUUCGUGAGGGCAUGUUUGACCCGCUGACAAAACAACAGCUUGCCGGCUUGUGUCUGAGGAUUGUCCAGUUUUUAUCUGACAAGCUGAUGCAGAUCAUCAUCCCAGGUCUUUACGAACUACUGGGCAUCCAAGAUGCUGCCUCCUCUCCAUUGUCACAGAGAUCUCUCACAGCGUCACUCACCAGUCUGUUAGACGAUAAGACUAACACCAAGUCCCGCGUGAGAUUUACUGAGGCUGGUGUACCUAAGAGGCCAUGCAGUCGAAAGUCUUACAAUAGCUUUCGCAUCCCGACUCCCUACCCUUCCUCCAACUGUAUGGAGCAGGAAGAGGAAGAAGAGCAGGAAUCACAACUUAAGUUCAAGGAGAUUUACCUGACUAAGGGCAGUGGAAGCUACCUGCCCAAGGGGGCCAUGAGGUAUGUUCUUAAAGGGAAAUUUAACAACUUCAUAUUCAUCUCCAGCAUCACCAUAUGUGAAAAUUACACAUUUCUAUGCUUUGUAGUAAAAAAAAUAUAGAGGGACGUAACUGUUUCCAAUAGUGCUGAGAAAUUAGUGCUUUUUGAGGUUGGUUUGGUUUCGAUUCAAAUAUUUAAAAAAGAAUCACGGUUUUGGAUUUCAAUACUUUUUUUAGACAUUGAAUGCACUAUGGAUUAUGUGUGUUGAAUGCUGUAACAACACAUAAUAAAACAAUGAAUAAAAGUCCCAUGAUGGUAGUGACUGUCCAUUACUGUUUAUGACUUAUCAACCAUCAUUUACUUUCUCAUAUAAAAUAUUUAUUUGAUGACUUUAUUAUUUCAUUCCAAGUCAUCAACUCAUCUCUAUAGAGCUGCUGCUUAUCCUGUCUGACAAAAUCACUAUUUUAGUAGUUCUUCAAAUUAAAUAAGACCUACUUUUAUGACCGCUGAACACCGACUGUCAAUCA